AUGAAUCCUGACAUGGAAAAGCUCCCCGGGGGAGUUGAACCGUUCCUCGUGAAGAAUGAUGCAGGACCACAACCUGCGUCGGGAGCCGGAGCGAGGUGGUCUGCAAGAAUUCAGCGACUGAGCUCGUUGAUCAAAGUCGAGCAGCGAGGAAUUGAGCGUGUCCCCGAGAAUGAGAGGACGGAUAGCUCAUAUUGGAACAUCAGCUCAAUGUGGCUUGCAGCGAACAUGGUGGUUCCUUCGUUCACUGUGGGUGUGCUAGGCGCGCCCUUGUUCGAGCUCGGAUUUGUCGACUCAGCCCUGGUCAUUAUUUUCUUCAACCUACUGGGCAUCCUGACGGUCUGCUUCUUCUCCAUCUUCGGAGCCACUUUUGGUUUACGUCAGAUGGUCCUGUCCCGAUUCUGGUUUGGCUGGUGGGGUGUCAAGUUGAUCGCUAUUUUCAAUGUUCUGUCAUGUAUCGGAUGGGCUGCCGCUAAUAUCAUCGUGGGGGCUCAAUUGAUCAAUGCCGUCAACCCCAACGUACCUGGGUACGCCGGGAUCUUGAUCAUUGCUAUCUGCACCCUAUUGAUUGUCUUCUUUGGCUAUCGUGUCAUUCACGCGUAUGAAUACUGGAGCUGGAUUCCAACAUUCAUCGUAUUCCUUGUGGUGUUAGGUGUUUUGGCACAUUCUGGAGACUUUAUCAAUUCACCAAUGGGUGCUGGCAAGGCCGAGCUGGGAGCAGUCCUUUCCUACGGAUCUACUGUCUUUGGGUUUGGUACAGGCUACACCAGCUUUGCAGCAGACUACACAGUGUAUCAACCCAGCAAUCGACCCCGUCGCAACAUCUUCUUGGCCACGUUCUUGGGCAUCUUCCCGACCCUUCUCUUCACGGAGCUACUGGGCGCGGCUCUUGCCACGACUAUGGCGCAAAACGGCGGCCACAAUGCCUACCAACAAGGUUACGACGACGCGGGCAUUGGUGGUCUCCUUGGAGCCCUCCUAUUUCCUUCGCUUGGUGGGUUCGGAAAGUUCUGCGUCGUGAUCUUGGCCCUUUCGAUUGUGGCGAACAACUGCCCAAAUGUCUACUCAGUCUCCCUUACAUUGAUGGUUAUGGGACGUUGGACUCGACAUGUGCCACGUUUCGUGUGGACGGUUGUUGCCACAGGUGUCUACAUUGCCAUCGCCAUUCCUGGUUAUAACUCGUUCGAGUCUGUGUUGGAGAAUUUCAUGCAUUUCAUUGGAUAUUGGCUGGCCAUCUACGAGGGCGUCGGUAUCACAGAGCAUUUCCUCUUUCGCAGAGGUUUCUCCGGGUAUCGACCCGAGUAUUACGACAUGCAAGAAAAACUUCCUCUGGGAAUCGCAGCAUUGCUAGCCUUUUGCUGUGGCAUCGCUGGCAUGGUGAUUGGGAUGAGCCAAACUUGGUACGUGGGACCACUUGCGAAAUUCGCAGGAACUGCGCCGUCGGGUGGUGACAUUGGUUUUGAACUUGGCUUUGCGUUCGCAGCCGUUUCAUAUGCUGUCCUUCGACCGAUCGAGCUGCAUAUUGUUAGAAGAUGA